UCAGCCAAAAGGAAGCCACAGAGAGAGGCACACAGAAGAAGAAGCAAAACCACGCAAACCGGAGAGAGAGAAAGUAGAGAGAGAGAGAGAGAGAGAGCAAAGCAAGAAUCUCACAACCGGAAAUGGCGGCGGCUUACGUGGACGAAGAGGAGGUGUGGAAAUGUCCAAAACACCCCUCCAAGCGCCGCAAAAGCGGAAUCUGCCCCGUCUGCCUCCGCGAGCGCCUCGUCAUCCUCUGCCCCGAAUGCGCUAACGUGCGCCCCUGCGGAUGCUGCGCUACGGCGACGACGUCGUCUUCUUCCUCGUCGUCGUCCUCUUCCCGGUUUACCGGCGGCGACGGCGUCCGCGUCGCGAAGCUUCUCGAGAGCGAGCCGUCAUUCCGGCGGUCCCGAUCGGUGGCGAUCCCCUUUCUGCGUUCGAGGUCGAGGUUCGUCGGCGGCGGCGGCGUCGGCCAUGUGGAUUUCGACCGGAGCGAGCCGCAUAGCGGCGGCGGUCGGGCGAAAACGCCGUCGUUUUGGUCGUCGAUGUUUCGGUCAUCUCAGAGGAGCAAGAGAAGCGAGGCAAAUGGAGAACACGAAACGACACCGGAGAAGAAAGUAGUGGGAGAAAUAGAGGAAGUAGAAGACGCAGAUGCUGCGAUGAGGAGGAAUAUGAUGAGGAAAUCGAGGUCGGUGGCCGUACCGAUGAUGUCGUCGAAUUCCGGCGCUGCCACAGGAGAGAGACCGCCGGCGAAGGGUAGGGGCUGGUAUUUUCCGAGUCCGAUCAAGGCCUUCCGGCAUUCCAAAAUUUCGAAGAUUGUUUCCGAGCGGUCGCCUGUGUACAGAGGUUAAUUAUAUUUCUCUUGUAAAACAAAAAAUAUUUUAAUUAACACUGAAAAAAAAAACUAAUAAUUUUAAUUUUUCCCCUCUUUUUAAUUUUUGAAAUUUGAAAGACCCGAUUUUGAUCUUGCAAUGGUAAUAAUUCGAAUGUAACUUGGGAUUAUGUAUUGCAAAGUUGGCAAAUUCAGUGAUUUGUGAUCAAUCUGUGCAUCCAUUAAAUUUGUAUGCUAAAUUUCUGGGUUUGUUUAUUUAUUUA